AUGUGGUCCGCCUCCGAGGUGGACACUCCUCGAGAUCUUCACCGUGAACGAAUUGGCCACUCGUCAGCCACCCGUCACCCAUCAAUCACCCGUCACCCAUCACCCAUCCAUCCACCACCCAUCCAACAUCCAUCCACCACCCAUCCAACAUCCAUCCACCACCCAUCCAACAUCCAUCCACCAUCCACCCACCACCCAUCCACCACCCAUCCAACACCCAUCCACCACCCAUCCAACACCCAUCCACCACCCAUCCAACAUCCAUCCACCACCCAUCCAACAUCCAUCCACCACCCAUCCAACAUCCAUCCACCACCCAUCCAACAUCCAUCCACCACCCAUCCAACAUCCAUCCACCACCCAUCCAACAUCCAUCCAUCACCCAUCAUCCAUCCAUCACCCAUCACUCAUACAUCAGCCAUCACUCAUCCAUCAGCCAUCACUCAUCCAUCAGCCAUCACUCAUCCAUCAGCCAUCACUCAUCCAUCAGCCAUCACUCAUCCAUCACCCAUCACUCAUCCAUCACCCAUCACUCAUCCAUCACCCAUCACUCAUCCAUCACCCAUCACUCAUCCAUCACCCAUCACUCAUCCAUCACCCAUCACUCAUCCAUCACCCAUCACUCAUCCAUCACCCAUCACUCAUCCAUCACCCAUCACUCAUCCAUCACCCAUCACUCAUCCAUCACCCAUCACUCAUCCAUCACCCAUCACUCAUCCAUCACCCAUCACUCAUCCAUCACCCAUCACUCAUCCAUCACCCAUCACUCAUCCAUCACCCAUCAUCCAUCCAUCACCCAUCAUCCAUCCAUCACCCAUCAUCCAUCCAUCAUCCAUCCAUGACCCAUCAUCCAUCCAUGACCCAUCAUCCAUCCAUGACCCAUCAUCCAUCCAUGACCCAUCAUCCAUCCAUGACCCAUCAUCCAUCUAUGACCCAUCAUCCAUCCAUGACCCAUCAUCCAUCCAUGACCCAUCAUCCAUCCAUGACCCAUCAUCCAUCCAUCACCAUCACCCAUCAUCAUCAUCCUGA